AUGAAUACUGCUAAAAGAAGUAAAAACGGGUCAUUGUUAGCAUAUUUUUCAAAGAAAAACAAAGGCGCUUCAAAUGAGUUAGAUGUUCAAGGCAAAGAAACUAGUAGUUGUUCAGACAUUCAAUUUGGACAAGAAACACAAAUCAGUACUGAGUUAGAUGUUCAAGGCAAAGAAACUAGUAGUUGUUCAGACAUUCAAUUUGGACAAGAAACACAAAUCAGUACUGAGUUAGAUGUUCAAGGCAAAGAAACUAGUAGUUGUUCAGACAUUCAAUUUGGACAAGAAACACAAAUCAGUACUGAGUUAUAUGAUCAAGACAAACAAACCAACACUGGCCUGAUUGCACAGUUUCCACAAAAAAAAGGAAGUAUAGGAAGAAGUUUUCAAUAUAAAUGGACAAAACUAUACUCUUGGAUUUUAUAUGAUAAUUUGAAGAAUAGUGUAUUUUGUUCAGAAUGUGUAAAUGCUGUCAAAAAUAAUAUUGUUCUACCGUACGCAUCUAUUAAAGACAAAAAUGCAAAGCGUGCAUUUGUUGAUAAUGGUUUUUCUAGUUGGGCAAAAGCGUUGGAAAGAUUUAAACUACAUGAAGGUGGAAAAUUUCAUUGUACAGCUGUAUAUGCAAAUUUAGCUCAGGAAAAAAAAGUUGACAUUUAUAAUUGUUUGAGUGCUGCAAAAAUGAAAGAAAUGAAGGAAUCUAGAGCUGCACUUUUGAAGAUCAUUAGUUCGAUUUUCUAUCUCACUAGACAAGGGUUACCUAUACGAGGUCAUACAGAUGAUAAUUCAAAUAUUUUUCAGCUAUUGAAAUUACGAUCAAGUGAUUCGUCAGAAUUAAAUAAUUGGCUUUUACGUACAAAGUUAAAAUGGACAUCUCAUGAAAUACAGAAUGAAAUAAUUAGUUUACUAUCAAAAUAUGUGAAAACAAAUUUACUUAACCAAAUUAAAAGCUCAAAGUAUUUUGCUAUUAUUAUGGAUGAAACUACAGACAAUUCUUGUACUGAACAAGUAUCAAUAUGUUUUCGUAUUGUUAAUGAUAGUUUGGAGGUUUCAGAACUUUUUUUAGGAUUUUAUAACACCGAAUUAACUAAUUCUUUGACAUUAUUUACAUUGAUCACUAAUAUUUUAUCAACAUUUAAACUAUCAGUUACAGACUGUCGAGGUCAGUGUUAUGAUGGUGCUGCGAAUGUAAGUGGUCAUAUCACUGGCCUUCAAAAAAGAAUAACUGAUGUAGAAAAUCGAGCUAUAUAUGUUCAUUGUGUUGCUCAUACUUCUCCUAAGAGGCAGGCUAUGUUCCAUGCUCUUCAAGCUGAACAUGACUCUAAUUCCAAAUCACUCAGACCAUUUUGUCCUACUAGAUGGUGCAUGAGAAUUAAAUCGUUAAAAACAUUAUAUGACAAUUAUGCAAUUUUAAUCGAGUUUAUGCAAAAUCUUUCGAAAGAAAAAUCAGAAAAUGGGGCCAAAGCAAAGCUUCAGAAAGUAUCGUUAAAUUUUCAAGAAGCCCAACAUAAAAUAAAAAGUAUAAUUUCAUCGAUUCAACAACAGAGAAAUGAAGGCUUUGAAAGCAUAUGGGAAGACAUUUUAAACAAAUCUAAUGAGCUAAAACUAAAACCUCCAGCUAAGUUAAUUAAUAAAAAAAUCCCAAAGAAAUUUAUAUAUGGUAGUGAACCACAUUCAUUUUCAUCAGCCAAAGAUAAAUUUAAAGUUUCAUUUUAUGAAGUGUUAGAUGUUACAAUAUCAUCGUUAAAUGGUAGAUUCCAAAAAAAUGUUAUCAACCAUUUGUGUUCUUUAGAAAAGUUUAUAAUUGGUGAAGAUAAGUUAAUUACAGAUGUAAUUAAAUUUUAUGGAACUGAUCUUAAUAAUGAAAAAUUAUUAUUACAUAGGGACAUGUUACUUGAUAUAGCUAAAUCAAGAGAAAUACCAAUCAGCAGUACACAAGAUGCUAUAGAUUUUCUAAAAUCAGAUAUUUCACUUCGAGUAUGUUGA